AUGGCUUCUCUACCAAAGGAGUAUGCAUCACUUAAGGCUGGACGUUCGAUUGAGUCAUCAAGCAAAAUCAGCUCAUUGAAUCCGUUUUUAGACUCCGGUGGAAUGAUUCGUGUUGGAGAACGCCUUCAAAACUCAAGUUUGAGUUUCAAUGCCAGACAUCCGAUCAUACUGCCCAGAUACCAUCCACUUACUAGAAGUAUCAUUGAGCACUAUCAUCGCAAACUAUUGCAUGCCGGACCCCAAGCGUUACUUGCAACCAUUCGUCUGCAAUAUUGGCCUAUUGGAGGGAGGAAAGCUGUAGCUCACGUACUUAACAAAUGUAUUCAGUGCUUUCGCGCCAAACCGAAGUUAUUGCAGAAUAUCAUGGGUGAAUUGCCAGCAGAACGCGUUCAGAUGCAACGCCCCUUCUACACUACUGGCGUCGACUUCUGUGGCCCGUUUUGUUAUAAGCCUGAUGUGCGGAAUAGGCCACCUGUGAAAUGCUACAUCUGCAUAUUCUUUUGCUUCUCAACCAAGGCUUGUCAUUUAGAACUGGUUAAGGACUUAACAACGACCUCGUUCCUCGCGGCCCUUAAGCGAUUUGUUAGCUUGCGCGGCAAACCAAGAGUUAUCUGGUCAGACAACGCUACCAACUUCUUUGGAGCUAAAAACGAAUUAAAAGAAAUUCGCACACUUUUGCUUAAUGAGCAUCAUGUCAACGCAGUGCAAAAUCAAUGUCUUGAUGACGGAAUUGAUUGGCGCUUUAUUCCACCUCGAUCCCGCCAUUUCGGAGGAUUGUGGGAGGCCGCCGUUAAAAUGGCAAAAUUCUACUUCCGUAGGGCAGUAGGGCUCACUGUGUUGAGUUUCGAAGAACUUCGAAACCCUGACGACUUACAAGUUCUAACUCCAGCACACUUUCUAACCGGAGGCGCACUUACGGCUAUGGCGGAACCUGACCUAGCGAAUAUAGAAUUAAACCGGCUUAGCCACUGUCAAAGGAUGACGCGCAUUCAGCAACAAUUCUGGAAGACCUGGAGCACUGCCUAUCUAACACUUUUGCAAGAGCGUAGCAAGUGGCGGAAAAGAUCACCAAACGUAGCGGUAAAUUCUCUGGUACUUUUGAAGGAUGACAAUCUUCCAACGAUGAAGUGGCAAAUGGGGCGUAUCGUUGACGUCGUGAAGGGAAAGGAUGGCAUAGCACGAGUGGCGAUCAUUCGUACCAUAAAUGGGACUACUCAACGGGCCAUCACAAAGCUUUGCUUACUACCAGUUGAAUAA